AAGAAAAUGAUGGAUGCCAAUGAUACCAAUAGCCCUGCCGAUCCUUCGUCUUCCAGCAUUAGGUAGCUCUGGGUAUCAUUCUAAAGAACAAGAACAAAAGCAGCAUUGCUUGCAUGGUUCAGGAGCUUUUGAAAAUUCAAAAGCAAGGGAUAAUAUACAGUAUACCCAUCGUCAAUCAUCAUCAUCCUGAUCACAAAGAAAAGAAAAAGACCACAAACAAACAUGCAGCAUCUUCUUAUAAGUUUGCUUUGCAGUUUCAGUUUUUGGACUGCGCUGGUCUCUGGCUUUGUUUCACUGAAUCCUUCCAAUUUUCUACUUCAUCAUCAUCAGCAUCAGCUGCAUCAGCGUCAGACAAGAUUGCCCUUUCCAGCUUUUUCUUCCUCGGAUCCAUCAUCGGCUUCUUCGUCAAAUGAGUCUUCAUCAGUCCACGAGUUAAAGACAAAUUUGCUGUCGGCAUUGACAGAACUGCGCGACUUGCAAGACCGAGAUGGCGAUUUUUCCGAUAUCGACUGGGGCACCAAAGGCGGCGAAUUGACGGAAACGGGACGAGUGCCCCAACAAGUCGAUUACAGUCUCAUUAGUAAGGAUGUGGGAAACGCCGCCGACAAGGUCAUGACCAUUUGCAAUCAACUCGCAGAGGUCAAUCCCACUGCCAUUCCCACACUGUACUUGGGCGACAAACAAAAGGGCGAUCAAGCACCACUCAAUGGACCGUGGAAAUUACUGUUUUGCAAUGCCGCCGAUGCCAUUUUUGCCAAGGAUUCCAAACGAGGUGCCGCGUCGGCACAAAAUGUCGUGAACGCCAAAAAGGGCAAAAUUACCAAUGUCAUUACGUUUGAUACGUUAGCGGAUGGAACCGAACCGACACUCAAACAACUCAAUAUCAUAAUCAAGGCAACGGCCGUGACACCCCAACGAGUGCAAUUGGAUUUUCGGUAUGCCAAGGUCGUACUUACCAAAUUGCCAUUUGGUCUCCCCAUUCCCUUUGGUCAAAAACGAAAAUUGGCACUGUACAUUCCCGUACCGGCGGCAUUUGUCACGACCUGUAUCGAGUUGGUACGAAAAGUGGCACGAUUUUUGCGCAUUCGAAGAAAAAAGAAACAACCCAACGAAGAAGAAGAAGAAGAACGAUCGGCACGGGGAUAUUUUGAUGUCCUGUUCCUAGACGAUCAACUACGAGUCCACAAGACCGGACAAGGCAAUCUAUUCGUACAGGCAAAGGAAGAAAACUGGGAUUUGGCAAAACCAUUGUUGAUUCGGUAAUUAUACAUACAGUAGCUACCAUCGUAACACCGCCCAUUUUGGGUGCAUCCGUGCGUACCGCACGUACUCCUUUCGAAAUAUCGUAAAUACUCCGCAGACGAGUGACAGUCCAUUCAGGGAACCACUUACUUACUAACUUUCACCAAGCUUUAUCAAAGGGCUCCGCAAACUUGGUGGGUGUACCGUGCCGUAUCCAACAGCUCCAUUGAAAUUUAGGUCAUCUAGCCAGCUAUUUCCUUUCCUUUACAGCCACAGUGCAUGCUCAAGCUAGCUAAUGUUGUGAGAGUCC